UGACUCUGGAACAUUUAUGGCACAAAUUGGAGAUCCUGCUGCUGAAGAGUGGUCUCAAUGGAGUGUGUGCUCACUCACAUGUGGUAUGGGUUCGCAGGUUCGAACAAGAUCCUGUGUAGCAUCCCCCUAUGGAACUCUGUGCAGCGGUCCUCUAAGAGAAACACGAGUUUGUAAUAAUUCAGCUACAUGUCCAGUACAUGGUCUUUGGGAGGAAUGGUCGCCUUGGAGUUUGUGCUCAGUUACCUGUGGGAGAGGAUCGAGAACCAGAUCUCGGAUGUGCGUUGCUCCACAACAUGGAGGGAAAGCGUGUCAGGGUCCAGAGCUCCAAACCAAGCUCUGCAACAUUGCACUCUGCCCUGUUGAAGGACAGUGGCUGCACUGGGGUCCAUGGAACAGAUGUUCAGUAACAUGUUCAAAUGGAACACAGCAGAGAACUCGCAAGUGCAUCUCGACCCAUGGUUGGACAGAGUGUAAAGGUCACCAGGCUGAGGCCCGGGAUUGCUUCAACCAAGAAUGCUCAAGUGAUGGAAAAUGGGGUCCAUGGAACCACUGGAGUUUGUGUUCCAAAACAUGCGACAGUGGCUGGCAACGACGUCUUCGUAUGUGCAAAGGGACAAGUGUCAAAGGCUACCCAUGUGAAGGAUCAGGGGAAGAGGUCAGAACAUGCAAUCAUAAAAGAUGCCCAGCUCCCCAUGAAAUGUGUAGGGAUGACUACAUCAUGGCAAUGACCUGGAAGAGGACUGUAGCGGGGGAGCUGGUUUAUAAUAAGUGUCCUCCAAAUGCAACAGGUUCAGCCAGCCGCAAAUGUUUAUUAAAUUCUCAUGGAAUUGCAUUUUGGGGGCCACCAAGUUUUGCCAGAUGUGUCUCUCAUGAGUAUAGACACUUACAUGUAUCGAUCCGAGAGCACCUCGCUAAAGGACAAAGGACCUUGGCAGGAGAGGGCAUGAUACAAGUCAUAAGAACUAUGCUGGGUUUAAUAGCGAGAAAGAAUUUCUACAGUGGAGAUCUCUUAUUCUCUGCAGACAUACUACGGAAUGUGACAGAUACAUUCAAAAGAGCCAGCUAUAUUCCUCCUUCUGGUGAUAUACAAAAGUUCUUUCAGAUUGUCAGCUACAUGCUUGAAGCAGAGAACAGGGCAAAAUGGGAUGAUGCACUUCAGGUUGCACCUGGAUCGAUCUACUUGAUGCGGGUAGUUGAAGAUUUUAUCCACAUUGUGGGUCAUGGGUUAAAGGUGUUUCAGAGUGCCCUUAUUGUGACAGAUAACCUUGUGACUAGUAUACAACGAGAGCCUGUAUCUGCUGUGUCAACUGAUAUCAGCUUCCCAAUGAAAGGCAGAAGAGGAAUGAAAGAUUGGGCAAAAAAUUCAGAAGACAAACUUUAUAUUCCAAAAGAGGUGUUCACACGAAUCAGCAGCAGGGAAACAGAUGACUCGACCUAUUAUGUGAUCGGAGCUGUGCUAUAUCGGACGCUGGGUCUCAUCUUACCUGUUACAAAAAAGUCGAUGGCAAUAAAUUCCAAAGUACUGACAGUAACAGUGAGGCCGCAGCCUAAGGCUUCCGAAUCAAUUGUUGUAGAGCUAUCGCAUCUUAUUAAUGGAACAUCUGAUGCACACUGUGUUGUUUGGGAUGACUCCAAAAUGGAUUCUGGUCCAGGGAGCUGGGACCCUCAGGGAUGUGAAACCGUGCAAACACAAGCAUCUCACACGAAAUGUCUUUGUAAUCAACUGGCCACUAUCGCCAUCUUAGCCCAGAAACCGAGAGAUUCGACCAUGGAAUUUACAGGAGUACCAUCUGUCCCACUGAUGAUCGGAUGUGGAAUUGCCUGUAUGGCUCUCUUAACAUUGCUUGCUGUAUAUGCUGCUUUUUGGAGAUUCAUAAAAUCAGAGCGAUCCAUUAUUCUACUCAACUUUUGCCUGUCUAUAAUGGCAUCAAACAUCCUCAUUUUGGUUGGUCAAACUCAGAUACACAGCAAGGGAGUGUGCAUGAUGACAGCAGCUUUUCUGCAUUUCUUUUUCCUCUCAUCCUUCUGUUGGGUGUUGACAGAAGCCUGGCAAUCCUAUCUUGCUGUUCUGGGAAAAAUUAGGACCAGGCUUAUAAGGAAACGCUUUCUCUGCCUUGGCUGGGGUUUACCCGCACUGAUUGUGGCCAUUUCCGUUGGGUUUACAAAAGCUAAAGGAUACGGAACAGCUAAUUACUGUUGGUUGUCUUUGGAAGGAGGCCUCCUUUAUGCAUUUGUUGGACCUGCAGCAAUUAUUGUAUUGGUAAAUAUGCUCAUUGGGAUCAUAGUAUUCAACAAACUCAUGUCCCGAGAUGGAAUUUCAGAUAAGUCCAAAAAGCAGAGAGCUGGUCAGGCAAGUGAAGCCCGUAGCGGUUUGAUGCUCAAAUGUUCCAAGUGUGGAGUUGUUUCAACUACAGCAUUAUCUGCCACCAUCACCAGUAACGCCAUGGCGUCCCUGUGGAGCUCGUGCGUUGUUCUCCCGUUGCUGGCACUGACCUGGAUGUCAGCUGUUCUGGCGAUGACUGACAGACGAUCGAUUUUGUUUCAAAUACUGUUUGCAGUUUUUGACUCCGUUCAAGGCUUUGUUAUUAUCACGGUCCACUGCUUCCUGAGACGAGAGAUUCAGGAUGUUGUAAAAUGUCGAACAGGAAGCUGCAAAACUGAAGAGAAUGAAAACUCACCUGAUUCUUACAAAAAUGGUCAAGUCCAGAUUAUGACAGAUUUUGAAAAGGACGUGGACCUGGCCUGCCAGUCAGUGCUCUUCAAGGAGGUUAACACUUGCAAUCCUGCGACUAUUACUGGAACACUGUCUCGUAUCUCGUUGGAUGAUGAGGAAGAUGAAAAGCUGAACAUAAACAGUGAAGGGAUGAACUUCACAACCCUUCCUGGAAAUAUUCCACCAGGAAAUGUCUUGGUUCAGUUGCCUCCCAUGCACCAGUUGCGCAAUAUAAUGUCUGGUAUGAAUGAACUGAAUGAUCAACCAGCCGAAAAAGAAACCAACAAUGAAUUGAGGGGAACACUGUAUCUGUGCACAGAGAAUACCAUGAAACCAGUGGAUGUGAAAUGGAGGCGGGCACAAGAGCAGCCACUAGAAGGUGACUACAUGGUACUCCCAAGACGCACAGUCAGCUUAAAGCCUUUCAUUAAAGAGGACAGCAAGUUAAACAUCAAUGUGGAUGACAACAGGCACAGUAUUGGCGGGAACCAACCAGUCGAAUCAGAGAUUUAUCCCAACUUUGCCUCACUUGAUCAAAUCAAUAUUAACUUAAAUCAACCUUAUGGUACGCUUAAUCACCCACGGAAUGUACCCAUCAAACAGCACCCUUCAGUGAGGCACAUUCUAGCAUCUGAACUUGCUGACAGGAGCAGAACCAUGCCACGCAGCAAACCAAGUACAACAAACUCCACAGGUUCCUUAGAAAGGAAAAGAUUGAGGUACUCCGAUCUUGAUUUUGAGAAAGUCAUGCACACAAGAAAACGUCAUUCAGAACUCUAUCAUGAACUAAACCAGAAAUUCCACACCUUAGACAGGUUCCGAGAUUCCGAACCCUCAGGAUUUAAGCAAGAGAAGAAAUGUAGCAUUUCCCCAGCAGGAGCUGAAAAAAGCACACCAGCUGAACAAACUAUACCUUUGGAGCAGUCAUGGGACACCUUCACAAACCCACCUGCCAACACACUUCAUUUAGACAGCCAGGAAAACUUAGAACUUCAUUCAUCAGAGUGGGACACAUCUGCCACAAUCCCUUUGGAUACAUCUGAAGGAGACUUUCAAACUGAAGUUUGAAGAAGGUUCAGAGGUAAAAACAA